AUGAGCAAUCGUCAUCUGCCGGCUGGGCAGGCCAUGGAAGGCGCGGGGAGCGCGGGCGUCGCCAUGAGCCCUUCACACGGUGGUCCCGGCCCGAGCCCGGGUCCGCGCAGAGGUGGCCGUCCGCCGGCCUAUCAUCAGUCGCAUUCCGCCUACAGCGCCACUCACCACCAACCCUUUCAACCGCACGUACAACACCCUGGUGUCUAUAGCGGCUAUAUGGGCCAUCCCUAUGCCAACUAUGGCUACCCCCAUACUGCUCCGAUGCCUCCACCCUACCAAAAUGGCGCCCAGUACUACGUACCCAACAUGCCUGGCCAGCCAUACAUGCCUUACCCUGCGCAGUAUGCUCGUUCGCCUCCGAGCAUGCACCAGUACGUCCACACAAUGGGAACUGGCGCGAUACCGCCCCAGCCUGUACCCCAGCCGCAAGCAUAUCAGCGCAACCAACAGUCGCCUAUUGUUGUCUCGUCUCCGUACCCGAAUCCUCCACCUCCUCCUCGAUCCGCCUCCCACAGUCAUGCAAUGGUCGUGCCCCCUCAACCGAUACACAGUACUCCUCAACACGCUGCUGGGCAAUAUGCUCCUCAGCCCGUCCCGCAAGCCGCACCUCGGGCGCAGACCGAGGCUGCGGCCCAGACGGCCGCUUCUGUCGCUCCUGUUGAAUCCGAGGCACCCCCCACACCGUCGUCAAGCAGCUCCGCACAGGCACAGGCGCCAGCUUUGCCUAUGACGCCUCCGACACCACAGACCGUUGAGACUUCGGUUGAGCUUUCUGCGAGCCCGAAGGCCCAGGCCCAAGUCAACCUCUCGCCUCCUCGAACAACCUUUACGCCACCUCUUCCUUGGUCUACUCAUCCAGACGAGUCAUGGCCAAAGCGAGCCAACAAGAUCAAGAGGUGUCACAAGGCGCUCGACAACCAGGUCCAAGCGCUUUCACUCCCCGCCAUGGAAGAAUCGGGGCCUGGUGCGACUACUGAUAGCUCCAUAGCGACUACUGAGGGAUCUGCGGCGCCUGAUUCAAAACCUGCUGAGACGGCAGCUGCUGACAAGGCCGAAACAUCAGCUCAUGGCGAAAACGACCCGUUCCAUGCUAAAUGGGAGGUGCCUGUCGAUGGACCGCCGCCCGCACAAGCGGACCCAGUCGCACACUCUCCAUCUUCACAAGACCAGCCAUCUGGGGCAUCCACAUCCCCUACAACACCUGCUUCGAUCAACGCCACCCCUUCCGCUACGUCAGCCACCCCAACUCCCGGAAAGCCCAAGGGUACAAGUCGCCCUGCAGCCCCAGCCGUACCUCUAAUACCGGCUGUACCCAAGGGCUCGCCGAGGGAGGCAAAGCUCUCUCAAGCAGACAAAGCAUCUGUAGAGCACAAGAUUGACAGUGCUGCAUCGGAUGCUGGUAACACUGCUUCUACUUCUACUAUGUCUGCUGGGCCGAGCGCAACUGAAUCUCCCUCGUCUGGCCCUGCGCCUGCGUCUGUGCCCGCUGCUCCCAAGCUGUGGACUGGACUAUUUGCCAAAACUGCUGCUGCCGCUGCCAACGCUACCCCUGGUGAACCCACUUCUGGGCAGAUUGGUACCAAUGGAACGGCCGCUACGGACUCUGCUAGUGGGAGUACUGCCACUGGUACGUCUGCCUUUGUUCAAGCCAAAAAUAACUCGCUUGCCGAAGCCCUGAGGGCAUACCGUGUUGGAAAUGGAGAUAAGCUAGCAUUUAUUGAACCGAGGGGCCUGAUCAACACCGGAAAUAUGUGCUAUAUGAAUUCUGUCCUUCAAGUCCUUCUUUUCUGCACGCCUUUCUACGACUUCCUCGAGCAGGCAGGGAAAAAGGUUGCCCACAGUUUCAACAGCGAAACUCCUCUUAUCGAUGCGAUGAUCGAGUUCAUGCGCGACUUCAAGAUUAUCGAUUCAGCCGUGUCGGUUGAUCAGCUCCGUCGCAGGCUCAAGAGCGAAGAACUUGAGCAGUACGGAGAGCCUUUUACGCCCGAGUUCAUUUACGAGGCCAUCAGGAAGCUUCCUCGCUUCUCGAGCAUGAGGCGUGGUCAUCAACAAGAUGCUGAAGAGUUCCUCGGCUUUUUCCUGGAAUCACUUCAUGAUGAGUGCACCCACGUAAUGCGUGCAGCUGGGUCACAAUCAAGCACAUCCACAGCUCCUCAGUCAUCCUCUCAAACACCUACUACAUCGGCGCCCUCUGUUGGCGGUGGCGACAACGAUUGGCUUGAGGUCGGACCCCGACAACGGGCUGCUAUCACCCGUUCAAGUGGCCACUCAGACAUGUCAUCCCCGGUCACAAAGAUCUUCGGGGGAGAACUUCGAUCCGAACUGCGGGUUCCUGGCCUCAAAGACUCGGUCACGCUUGAGCCUUACCAGCCUUUGCAGCUGGACAUUGGCGCGCCCCAAGUGCGGAAUAUCGUUGAUGCCCUGCGUCACCUGACCAAUCCCGAGAGCCUCCGUGGCGAUUUCAACUCUCCUAGGGGCAAGGAUGUCUCGGCCACCAAGCAGGUCUUUAUUGAGUCGCUGCCCCCUGUGCUGAUCCUACACCUCAAGCGAUUCCAGUUCGACGCCGAGGGCAAUGGGACUGUCAAGAUCUGGAAGAAGGUCGGCUACCCACUCGAGCUGGAGAUCCCCCGCGAAGUUAUUUCCCGCGCCAAGCGCACGGCAGGCAGCUUGCCCAAGUACAAGCUGAUUGCGGCGGUCUACCACCAUGGCAAGAACGCCAGCGGAGGUCAUUACACGGCCGACGUCCGCCGCCAGGAUGGGACUGAGUGGAUCAGACUGGACGACACCGUCAUCCGACGCGUUCGAAGUGAGGAUGUCGCUGAGGGCGGUGCGGAGGAGGAUGUCGUGAAGGGCGACAACGCGUCUCGCAAGGACGGCGGUGGCUAUGCCUCGGCAGCCGCCAAUCGCUUCGCGGGCAUGGGCGAGGACGAUGCGACCGACGAUGACGGGUGGAAGCAGGUCAGCACACCGGCGAGCGGAGGCAAGAAGUGGAGCAGCGUUGUCAACGGUGCCUCACCGGCGACCGCCAACAAGGGGAAGCAAAUCAAGGACAACAUCAAAGACAACAAGGUGGCCUACCUGCUCUUCUACCAGCGCGUCUAG